AUGUCGAUUUUGUUGCCGGACCCGAUCAAUAGUGUGAUCAGACGUGUUGUUUUAGCUUUUUGCGUGAUCGUCUCGGUGUUUGCGGCGUUGCCCGUUCAAGCACUUGAGCCGAUUCCCGUUCCAAUCGAUAUCGAGGCGCUCGAUGUUACGAACUCAAUCGAACUGCAUCGGGACGCCGGAACACGUCUGCAGGUGUCCACGGCACCCGGUGCGGACGGCAUCGUGCGCAGGAUCGAAGUUCCAUCGCUUGACGGCAACAACACGAACUGGGCUGUUUUCGCGCUUGCCAAUACCAGUGACGAACAGAUCGAUCGUCUCAUCGUUGCGCCGAAUUACAAGCUGGUCGGAUCGGAUCUCUUCUGGCCGGACCUCGGUUCGUCGCGCAUAGCCGCGAUCACGCCGAGCCAGGGCAUUGCGCCCGAAAGACUGAAGAGCCUGGAAGCAGACGUUUUCCUGGUAACGCUCGAUCCCGGUUCGAUCGUGACAUUCGUGGCCGAACUGACGACGCCCAAACUUCCCGAAGUGCGUAUCUGGGAACCCGACGUCUACAAGGAAACGAUCAACGCCUACACCCUCUACCGCGGCAUCAUUUUGGGGAUUUCCGGUCUUCUGGCCUUGUUCCUGACCAUCUUGUUCGUGGUCAAGGGAACCGUCAUGUUUCCUGCCACCGCGGCGCUGGCGUGGUCGGUCCUGGCCUAUCUAUGUAUCGAUUUCGGCUUCUGGGGCCUUGUCUUCAAUCUCGACGGUGGCGGCAGUCAAUUGGCGCGGUCCUGCGCUGAAGUCAUGCUUGCAGCCAGCCUGCUCAUCUUUCUAUACGCCUAUCUCAAUCUCAAUCGCUGGAACAUACACUACUCCCACCUGGCACUGACGACCCUGAUCCUCAUCCUCGGGCUUUUGGGCGUUGCGGUCUGGGAUCCGUCAAUUGCGGCAGGCGUUGCGCGCUUGUCACUCGGCGUUAUCGGCGCACUCGGUUUCAUAACGAUUGCCGUGCUGGCAUUCCAGCAAUACGACCGGGCGAUCCUGCUGAUCCCCACCUGGUGCCUUUUGAUUGCCUGGCUUGUCGGCUCCGCCAUGACGGUGACGGGAUAUCUAUCCAACGAUAUUGUUCAACCAGCGCUCGGUGGCGGCCUUGUUCUGAUCGUCCUGCUCAUCGGUUUCACGGUGAUGCAGCACGCUUUUGCCGGUGGUGCAAUCGCGCAAGGGCUGAUCUCCGAUGUUGAGCGCAAGGCAUUGGCACUCACCGGUGCCGGCGACAUUAUCUGGGAUUGGGAUAUCGACCGCGACCGGAUCUAUACGGGCAACGAGGUGGAGGAGUUGCUCAAUCUCAAGCGCGGAGCGCUUGAAGGGCCGGCGAGGGACUGGCUGGAAGUUCUGCAUCCACAGGACCGGGACCGGUUCCGGGCGACGCUUGACGCCGUUAUCGACCAGCGUCGCGGCAAGGUCAUGCAGACAUUCCGCCUGCGCUCUGAAGAUGGACACUUCCGCUGGUUCAGGUUGCGCGCCCGGCCGAUCAUAGGGUCCGACGGUGAGGUGAUACGCUGCGUUGGAACAUUGCUUGACGUGACGGAGGAGCGCACGGCAGAAGAGCGGCUGCUUCAUGAUGCGGUACAUGACAACCUGACUGGAUUGCCGAACAGGGAACUGUUCGUCGAUCGCCUGCGCACCAGUGUUGUGCGCUCGAAGGCGGAAGAAACAGCCAAACCCACUUUGCUCGUUCUCAAUCUUGACCGCUUCAAGCAGGUCAAUGACAGCAUCGGCCUGUCGGCAGGUGACAGCAUUCUCCUGACGGUGGCACGCCGUCUCGGCCGCCUGAUUGGCCAGCAGGACACGCUUGGCAGGUUGUCCGGCGACCAGUAUGGCCUGGUGCUCUUGUCGGAACAGGAGCCGGACAGGAUCGUCGCCCUGGCGGAUUCCCUGCGCAAAGCGGUCCGCGCACCGAUCACGUUCGGGGACCGGGAAAUCUUUCUGACCUGUUCGGUCGGGAUUGCCUUCUUCGAGGGCGGUAAACAGGCCGUUGAAGAUAUGGUCACCAACGCGGAGAUCGCGCUCAAUCACGCCAAGCGACUGGGCGGUGACCGGCAGGAAGUUUUCAGACCUAUCCUGCGGCCGCUCGACAAGAAUAUCGUCGAUCUUGAAGCGGACCUGCGUGAGGCCAUCAAGAAGGAAACGCUCGGCGUAUUUUACCAGCCGAUCAUUCGCCUGGAAGACCAGUCCAUUGCCGGUUACGAGGUUUUGGCGCGCUGGAACCAUCCGAAGCGCGGAAAGAUUGCACCAUCGGAGUUUAUUCCGAUCGCAGAACAGUCUGGCCUGAUCAACGAACUCGGGAUGUACGUGCUGGACAAGGGAGCUCAGCAGCUCGCCUUCUGGCAGAGAGAGUAUCCGAUAAAAAGGCCGCUGUUUGCAUCGGUGAACCUGUCGUCGCGCCAGUUGUUGAAACAGGAUCUCAUCAACGAUGUGAAGGCGGUGCUUUCAAGGACAUCUCUUGAACCGGGAACCUUGAAACUGGAAUUGACGGAAUCCCUCGUCAUGUCAAAUCCGGAAUACUCGGCAAAGGUACUGGAGCGGCUGCGCAGCCUUGGGGCCGGGCUGUCUCUGGAUGAUUUUGGAACCGGUCAUUCCUCCCUGUCGUAUUUGCAGCGCUUCCCGUUCGACACCAUCAAGAUCGACCAGUCCUUCGUGAAGACCAAUGGGUCGUCUGCCCGAUCCGUCCUGCUUCGAACAAUCGUCGCCAUGGGCCACGAUCUGGGCAUGUCCGUUGUCGCGGAAGGUGCAGAAAGUGAGACGGAUGCGCUGGAGCUCUACCAGCUCGGUUGCGAAUUUGCACAGGGCUUCUUCUUCGGAGAAGCGAUGUCUUCCUCCGAUGCGACCAAGAUGCUCCGGAAAAUGCCGGCAGAAGCUGAAAGCGCAUAG